GUGUUGUAUGAUAAGUAACCUAAGCCAGUGAAAUAACAAUGCGAAGGCCGCAAACGAAGUGAUUCGAAGCUUGGAAGCUGCAAAGAGCACAGCGCCGCGUUGAUUGAAGACCGCCGGAUCUGAUAAGUUUGGGUCGUUGUGGUUGUAAUAGUAUAGUAUUGCGAAGAAUUUGAUCUUAGGGCAGACAGUUUACAAUUUGACGAUUUCUGCAUAAUUGAAUUCUGAAGCGUAUGUAGCACAGCGUUGCUGGUGAUUUUGGUAGUGGGUUGGAGGGCAAUUAUUGUGUUUUGUGGAGGCAUUAAAGAUCUGACAUCAAAUUUUGAAGUUUACACAUUAUGAGCGGGUGUGAAUUAUCUGGGAAACGCAGAAGGUUGGUGGCUGAAAUUGUGCAACGCCCCUGUAAUGAAGGGCUUGAGGAGAAGGGUGAUCCCUCACAUUGUGUUGCAGAAGGUUGCGAACCACUGUCUUCGGUAGUGUUAAAAACAGGCUGCAAUCCAAAGGAUUUCAAACAAACUUGUGCUCAGUUAUCAACAGGAAAGACGAAAGCAGUGGAUGGAAUUGGAUUUGGGCCAUUAACGAAGAUAGGGUGCACCAAACUGAACCGGGAGAUAUGCCAAAUGUUGGUUGACAACUUUGAGGUGGAAAAGGAAGGCUGCUGUAUCAAAAUUCAGGGGAGAUCUUUGUCAAUUCGGGAUAGUGACUUUGAGCGCGUGAUGGGGGUGAGGAGCGGUGGAUUAGCUGUAGAACUAGAUGGAUGGUCGGAGGUCAUUAAGAUAAAUGAGCUAACAAGUAAGAUAUUUGGUGAGAACAGAGAGAUUAGUAUCGUUACUUUGAAGAAGAACAUACUAGAGAGGGAGGAAGUUGAUGAUAUCGUCAAAAUAAGCUUUGUCCUAUAUGCUUUUGCUAUCCUGUUAUGCCCGACGAGGCCUGGCUAUGUUGAGAGGAAGUUUCUUAUUCCAAUUUGUGACACUGCAGCAAUCGGUACAAAGAAUUGGGAAAGUGUAUGUUUUCGACACCUAGUGGAUGGUGUGUUGUCAAAGUCAAAUCAGAAAGAUAGGUUGGGUUACAUGAGUGGUUGCAUGUUGUUCGUACAAUUAUUUUAUUUUGAUUGUGUUGGUUAUAGUGCGUCCAUGGUGUCGAAAUCAGUUCACCCUGUUGUUGCAUGGACCAACAAGAGGUGUCGGAGCAUGAUUGAGUGGAUAAGUGCACAAUGGGGAAGCCACGGCGGUUGUGUUUAUAUAUCCAAUAGUGUUGGUGCGAAAAUAGGGGAGAAUCUGGAAGCAGACUAUGGUUGCCAACUCGUGUGUGAAAGUGUGCCUGAACACGUGUCGAAGGCCUUGUUUCAAAUAUAUGGGGUGCAAAAUGAAAUUCGGUUUGUGUCUUCAAAGAUGGGAUGUAUGGAGGCCAACAUUGAGAGGGUGAGGAAGAUAAUAUUUGAAAUUGGAAAAAUUAUGCGUGAAAUGAAUGUUGGUGUUAGAGGACAGCUUCAUUCGUACAGAAUGAAAACAGGAAAUGGAAAUGAGUUUGGAAGCGACGAUGAUGGGAGUGUAAUUGGUAUUGAUAUCGAACCGUGGCAGAAACGUCCACUGUCCUCAUAUUAUGACGGAGGAUCAUGGCAGGAAGGAGCAUAUGAUGAAGCAGCAAAAGAGGGUGAUAGGUAUGUGGAGGACACGGGUGCGGAAGUUGGACUAAAACUAGGUCCUGUCUCCACUGAUGAUGGUAAUGUUGGAAAGGAGGAAGAUAGGUUCCCAUUGAAGGGAAAUCUUUCACUGACUGAGUGGACAUUGUUGAAGUUUCUAUUUGAGAAGCCUACAAGAGGACCAGUUAAGUGUAGGGAUGAAGUUGCUCGGUUUGGGGAAUGGAUAAUGUCCACAGCUGAUUUUGAUUGUUUGCGUCCGAGAAAUAAAAUUUCCAACAAGGUGAUAAACAUAUCGGCAGCAUACUUGUUUGAGAAGGAGUCCGACUCAUGGUUCCUCCCAACCAAUUUUGGGGAACAAGCUUGUUAUAAAAACCAGUCAUCGAAAGUGGAGACAUCAUUGGCAUCAAUCAUAUCGGAAUGUGGCCUGCAUAGGUUUAAUCGGCGAUUGAAGUGGUGUUCUAAGAUAUUGAUCCCCGUCCAUGAUUAAAUGUCAGACCAUUGGUUUUUGGUUGUUACGAGAGUUUGUGAAAAAGUGGUGGAGAUUUGGGAUAGCGAUAGUGAUAUUGUUUCCUUUCCUAGAAGGCUCGAGAUGGCACGAUAUGUGAUAUUGAUCCUGCAAAAAGUGUUUGCAAGCGAUAUGAAAAAACCCGGUGAUGUUUAUCACCAUUUUCCGUCAUUUGAAAUGAAGCAAACAGAUUGUAACCCAAGUAACAACAAUGAUUGGGAGAGUGGUGUCUACCUAAUAAGGCACAUGCAGUUUUACUGUCAACGAUGGUUUGAAGGGAUAUGUAAUGUUAUCCUCAAUUUGUGAACGUGUUGUACAUCACUGUAUAUGGAUAUGGUACUAAUAAUUUGAUGAACCUGGAACAGUUUCAGUCCAAUGAGCAUAGGAGUGUGCUAGCCUUAUGGAUUGUUAACAAUCCAAAGAAUGAAGCACUGAAGGCGGUGACCUCUGCAGCCGGUGUAUCACACAAUCGUUCCAAAAACACGUUAAAUGGCAGAGAUAAUUGUAGUCAUCGGGAUAUAAUAAUGAAGCUAAAACGGAUUCCGCAUUACCCAACUCUAACAACAAUGUGAAUAUCCCAAGUGGAAGGAAGUUCCGCUCUCACCGGAAGCAAAAGGUCCGUGUGUGAUGUUUGUUUAUUGGUUUACAUAGAACCUUUAUCCGAACCUUUAUAUGUUUGGCCCUAUGUUUGGUUGGUUGAGGAACCGUAAUGUUGGAUUACAGUUGGUAAUGUUGUCACUGUUACUUAUUUUG